GUGAGUCCUGACAGGGCUCUCAAGAGGAAAAGUUAUCUCUGCAGACACGCUCAGCGGCAAUCCUGGAUAGCAGAGUAAGUGGGAUGCUCAGUGUGGGAGUGAGGAGGAAAAAAACAGCGCUGAGGCAAGUUCUUUGAAAGCGGCAUUGUUUGUAUGUACUUUGUUCAAAGAGAAUCGCUGAAAGAGAGGCAUUUGGAGGUUUUAGUGCUGCGAGUGGAAAACUCAGGAACAUCGUGGGGGAGUUUAGAUUGAGUUCAGCUGGGAGGGAAAACUGCUCCAUGCUGCAGGUUUUAAAGCACAAAGUGAGCUAAGAUUUAUUAAAUAACAAGAGCACACAUCAGUAGGACUCUUUAAAUCCCUGUUUACAAGAUGACUGGAAACAGAAUGAGCACAUGAACUUAAACCGGCAUCAUUUUUGCCUGCAAUGGAGACAAAAACGAACACAUGCAUCUGCAGCUGGAAGACUGUUUCUGUUUUAAAUUUUUCCCUGGAUUACAACACUUGAACACAGAAGAAGAGAGCAGUGACACACCCAAACAAGCUGUGAAUCCAUCCUUUAAACGGAUGUGUAACUCUGAGGUGGAGUAGUCUACUACAGCACAGUCCUGUGGUUGAGGGUGGGGCUCUCCUCCUCACACGGCCACAGACAAAGACCCUGAUCCAGAGUCCUGGUGUGAUAAGUGCUUAUCAGGGGCAAUUUUUUGUAUUUUAUUUGCACCUGCACAGCCCGGCACGGUGUUGAAUUCACAAUGGGGUGCAACAUGUGCGUGGUUCAAAAGCCUGAGGAACAAUACAGGGUCAUGUUCCAGAAGGGUCACGUAAGCAACAUGUUGUGCUCUUUUGACGCUGAUGGUCGAUUUAAGGUGAAUGGAAAGGAGCUGUCCCGCCUUUCCACAGAUCCUACCCUGGACAUACGGGACCCUGUGUUGUCCAACAUACUGCGGCGGGGGGCCCGCAGACGUGCAGGCCUCGCAGGAGCCCUUGGAGCACCGAUGCCAGUGACCAUGGGCAUGGCCGACUGUGUAGACAGCUGCACCCAAACAGACAUCAGCUUCCAGCAUAUGUUGACUCUGGGCAAGAGCAGCCAGCAUCCCUGCGGAGCUCCACCCCCACCCGACCCACCGCCGUCCCCUCCACUACCGCCACUGUUGGAGCCGUAUCUCUUCAAUGAACUCUUCACUGAGCCUGUUUACUAUGACCCCACGGACUACUUCGACAUCACUCAGCAUGAAGUGGACCGGCAGGAUGAGCUGGAGUAUGAGGAGGUGGAGCUGUACAAGUCUCGUCAGCAGGAUAAACUCGGGCUGACGGUGUGCUACAGAACCGAUGAUGAGGAGGACCUGGGGAUAUACGUUGGAGAGGUAAAUCCAAACAGCAUCGCUGCUAUAGAUGGUCGAAUCCGCAAAGGAGAUAGGAUACUGCAGAUAAAUGGAGUGGACAUCCAGGACAGAGAGGAGGCAGUGGCUCUUCUCACCAGAGAGGACAGCACUAAUGUCUCCCUGCUCCUCGCACGACCCGAGAUAGAGAACGACAACCAGCUGGAGCAGGAUGAGCUGGAUGUGGAGCCACUGGACAAUGCAGCUCAUCUUCCCAGCGGAGUGAUGAACAGCCCCUCUGUCCUCUGUGCCGGACCGGCCAGUGUCACUGGUGGGAGUGCUCUGAAUAACCACGGACGGUCGCUGAGCAGGGACUCACCUGAUCUGCUCCAGACGGUGCUGAGCAACAGCCAGGAGCUGGACAGUGGGGUGGGCCGUACAGAUGAAAGCACACGCUAUGAGGAGUCUUCAGAGCAUGACCUUCUGGGAGAUGACCACACUAGCGCCUCCAACACGAACGCAACUAAUACACCUGGCAGCAUGCGCAAGUUUCUAUCCAGCAGAGGAGACACUCCACCUUUACUGCACUCCCAAGACCUCCAGUUCAGCACAGACUCACUCUUAGGCUUGGAUUGUGUGAAUGGAGGAGCGCUGGACCAGGUGGAGCGCCUGGAGAGGGCCUACAUGCCAGAUCCGAUGAGGAUGAUGAUGCCUGGGCUUACUGAGGAGGAGUGCGAGAGGUACAAAGAGCUCCUUGAAAUCAAGUGCUACUACGAGAAGAACUGUAACGAUGUGAUGCUGCUAGGAGGUCAGGGGCAGGCACAAGAGGACGGAGGCAUACCUCUGGAUGUGAACAGGAAUGAAAGCCUGACGCAGCAUGAGAUGGCUCUGCUGGAAGAGGAGCUGCGCCACUUGGAGUUCAAGUGUCGUAACAUCCUGAGGGCACAGAAGAUGCAGCAGCUGAGGGAGCGGUGUCUGAAGGCUUGGCCACUUGAAGACAAGAAUGGAGCGAGUGCAGGGAUGGGAGCUGGACGCUUGGAGAUGAACGGCCCUUUAGUGAGCGAGGAGUCCUGUCACCAUGCUUUGUCUGACAUCAAUGAGCUUCCAGAGAGAGAGCGCUCUGACAAGGACAGCACCAGUGCCUACAACACAGGAGGGGAAAGCUGCAGGAGCACCCCUCUGGUUAAUGAACUGUACCCAUCACACUCCACACAGAGCCUGGAGAGAGGAGAGGGUCUUCUCUCAGGAGGUUUGCAGCUUCAGACCUCCACCAGGCAGAGAGAGAGAGGAAACAGGGCGGAAAGGGAUGGAAACCUUAACCAAAGCUACUCUCACAGGAGAGGAGCGGAGUCGAAGCAGUCCAGCCCUGGAGUUAAGGUGAAGUCCCUGUCCCGAGAUGCAGGAACAAGAAGGGGCUCAGAUGGAGGGGUGAGGCGCAACCCAAAAGCCAGUGGGACUGCUGAGCGCACUGGUGGAUGCAGUGCUGACAACAGCCCUUACCUGUCUCGCAGACGGACUGACACAAAGCCGCCUCAGCGCUACCUGAGCUGCAUGCAACUGAGGUCUCCCUCCACCUCUGAGCGGCUCAGUGGACUCAGAGAUGGCAGCCUGGAAAACGGCGAUGACGAAAGCCCGAUGAGUCUAGGUAGCACAUGUAAAGAUGUCUCCCAGGCUGCAGGUGCAGUCCCCUCUCCUAUAUCCCCUCCACUGAUGCCUGCAUCCCCUCGUAUGGAGUGGAAAGUGAAGAUCCGUAGCGACGGCUCACGCUACGUGGCCAAGCGUCCAGUGAGGGAUCGCCUUCUGAAGGCCCGAGCCAUGAAGAUCAGAGAGGAGCGCAGCGGCAUGACGACCGAUGACGACGCCGUGAGUGAAAUGAAGAUGGGACGCUACUGGAGCAAAGAGGAGCGCAAGCAGCAGCUGCAGAAGGCCAGGGAGCAGCGGCGGCGCAGGGAGUUCAUGAUGCAGAGUCGUCUGGACUGUCUGAGAGAGCGGGAGAGGGAGCAGAGCGGCAGCGGAGCGGGACAGCCAGGAAUGACCAACCAGCAGGAGCCUAACUCCAUCCUGGAGCUGUGCCAUCGCAGGAGCAUGAAGAAACGUAGCCGCAGAAUCCUGGACAACUGGAUCACUAUACAGGAGCUGCUAGCACAUGGAGCCAGGUCUGCUGAUGGGAAGAAAGUCUAUAACCCCUUACUUUCUGUCACCACGGUCUGAGAAAAAGAGCCUAAGUGUUUGAAAGGGCCUAUCCACCUUAUUCCUAGUUCUCAUGAUACUUUACACAAAUUUUGGUUACUUCCGGUGCCUUCUGUUAAACCACUAUUUUUCUUAGUAAUGAGGCACUAAUCCUGAUUAUUGGAUCAAUUCAGAGCAUUACCUGUAACACCUCAAACAUAAUGACAUGAUCCUUCCUCUGCCUUCUGCACAACACAACCUUUAAAGCAGAAAUACAGGAAAAUAUAUUUUUUUUCCAAACCAUUCUAAAUCCAUAAAAUAUUAAAAUUUCUAUUAAUUGCCUAGCCUUAGUUGGAGAUGAUAAACAUUUCAUCUAAUAAGCCUUCCUUGGAGUCAGGUAGGUCCUAUAGUGUAACUGAAAUGUAUCUGUUGGUGGUCUUGGUUUUUGAGAGGCAGCUGGCUGCAGACUUCUAUGGUGGGGCAACCUCUACCAUGGGACAGGAAGUGAUGUCUAAACUCUAA